AUGAAACUGUUUGGAGUGGAGAUGGAGCCAAAGGAAAAAGAACAAGAAACGAAGAUGGAGCCAAAGGAAAAAGAACAAGAAACGAAGCGAACAAAGAAGAGAAAGUCCGCGAGGUUAUUUGGACGAGACCUUGUUCCUGAAAGGAAGAGGAGCAAAAUAAAGAAAACCCGAAGCUCAUCACCACCUUUACCUCCAGCCCCGUUACCUUUUCCACUGCUGCAGGCGAUUCAUGACAUGGAGGGGAGGGAUCAGGUUUUUGUUACCACAAAGAUACUAGAACGGUCAGACACUGAUGCGGGUCAGAACCGAUUUUUCAUUCCAAAGAGUGAAGUGCUAUGGGGGGUGCUAACUGAGGAGGAGAGGACGCAGGUGGAAGGAGGAGGGGGCGUUGAAGCAAUGGUGGUGGAUCCGAGAGGUUGGAAGUACAAUUUGAGGUUGAAGAAGUGGGUUAGUUUGAAUAAGGUUGUGCUGAAUUCUGGGUGGCGAAAGCUUGUGGAAGAUAACGAGUUGAUGGCAGAGAUGGAUAGCGUAGAGCUAUGGAGUUUUAGGGCAGAUUCGAAGCUGUGUUUUGCCUUGAAUGUCAAGAGAGACCAACGUCCAGUAAUUAAUCUUUGA